GAAGAGAAAACAUGGCAAUAACACUGAACAGUGGUUUCAAGAUGCCCAUCAUAGGAUUGGGUGUGUGGCGCAUGGAAGGACAAGAAAUCAGAGACCUCAUUCUCAGUUCCAUCAAAAUCGGUUAUCGUCAUUUUGAUUGUGCUGCUGACUACAAGAAUGAAGCAGAAGUUGGAGAGGCGCUUAAAGAGGCAUUUGAUAGUGGCCUUGUGAAGAGGGAGGACCUUUUCAUUACCACAAAGCUUUGGAAUUCUGAUCAUGGACACGUUGUUGAGGCCUGUAAAGAUAGUCUCAAGAAGCUUCAGUUAGAUUAUCUGGAUUUAUAUCUUGUUCACUUUCCUGUAGCCACAAGGCAUACUGGGGUUGGUACAACUGAUAGUGCUUUGGGUGAGGAUGGUAUCCUGGACAUAGAUACAAGCAUAUCCCUGGAAACUACCUGGCAUGCGAUGGAAGAACUCGUUUCAUUGGGCUUGGUUCGCAGCAUUGGGAUCAGCAACUAUGAUAUCUUUCUGACCAGAGAUUGUUUAGCAUAUUCCAAGAUAAAGCCUGCUGUAAAUCAGAUUGAAACUCAUCCAUACUUCCAGCGUGAUUCUCUAGUCAAAUUUUGUCAAAAACACGGGGUUUGUGUCACAGCCCACACUCCACUAGGAGGUGCUGCAGCAAACACAGAAUGGUUUGGUUCAGUUUCAUGUUUGGAUGAUCAAGUUCUCAAAGGUCUGGCUGAAAAAUACAAAAAGACUGCUGCACAGGUUGUUCUUCGCUGGGGCAUUCAAAGGAACACUGUGGUCAUUCCUAAAACAUCAAAACUGGAGAGAUUGAAGCAGAACUUCGAGGUAUUUGAUUUUGAGUUGUCUAAAGAGGACAUGGAACUAAUCGGAAGCAUGGACAAGAAAUAUAGAACUAAUCAACCAGCCAAAUUUUGGGGCAUAGACCUUUUUGCGUGAGAAUGCCCUUCCUUUCUUAGCAUGUAUUAUGAUCUUCCAAGCAUGUAUUAUGAUCCUACAAACAAUGCAAAAACAUUUUGGUUGUUCAACCUUGAGACUUGUAUUGACAUUCUGAUUUGGCAUAAAUCUUUCAGUCCCUCCUUAGUAGCUCUUUUGGUUUGCUUAUGUGAGAACUAGGUGAUGAUUGUAAAAUUAUCUUAGCGAAUACAUUUCUAAUGUUAUGAGAUAAAAUCAUCUCGCUUGC